AUGGAGACGACAGCGUCUCUCCAGUCCGUAGUAGCUGCGGGCGCUCUUCUCAUACAGAGUGACAAAAAUGGCCAACCAAAUGCCGCUGAUUUGAAGACCUUGCUGCUCUCGCGACUCGCCCAGUACAAUGAGAAACUGGGUAUCUCAGAGGCUCACGACUCGGCUGUCACCGUGCAGGGCGCCCAGAGGCUUACAGCCGAAGCUGCCCUGUCCGUGAUCGAGCGCGUCCAGCGCAUGUUGGAUGAGGAAGAGCGCGCGGGUGCAGCGGCCACUCCGUCUACAAGCAGUGGCAAAGUCAGGGACGACGGACCGGGUGUUGCACCAUCUAUUGGAACAAGAGACACGACGCAACUUCGUACUCUGAUCUCCAUCGUCUUCAAAUGGGGCACUGAGCCUCUACUUGCCAGUUUGUCAGCCGCUUGGCCAUCGAAAGGCGCGGCAUCCGGUUCGAAGCUCGUGGACAUAUCCGACGCACUAGAGAGCUACACGUCUCUCAAGUCUAUGACGAAACGCCUCUACUCAGUGUUAUUCCCCGAGGGCGUACAGAGCAAUGUGCCACAGACCAUCAUCACGACCGCUCUCUUUACCCGACAUACUACGAACCUCCUUCGACCGGCUCUGGCACUCGGCUGGAUCCCCAAGCCGCUUUCCUCUUCAUACUCCGCAGUCGACGAAAUUCGACCACUGGUCAUGCGCAUGCUGUCAAUACUGCCGCCUUCGCAGACCAUAGCCUCCCUUGGAGGCGUCUUAUCCGGCACUCCUGCUCCCGCAUCCCACGUUCAGAAGGCGUGCAAGACAAUGAUGAGCCGUCAACUGCUGCGACCCGACGGAGUGCGCGGGUUGUGCGCUGUGGUCUUCGGGGAAGACGACGUCGCAGGCGAGAAUACGUCUUUGGAGAAGCUUGAGCACUUUGCUCGUGUUAUAAACGCAUCUCCUUCCGCGAUGACAGAUGAUGAAUACUUCCGUAUCAUCGUCACGCGGCUACUAGCUCUCGUAAGCGGGGACGUUUUACCCGCGCACAGACGUGCAGCGGCGUUCGCUGUAUCCCGCAUGUUGACUUCGGGCGGAGUAGCGACGGGCAUCGUCAUCCCUCUCCUGCACGAACCCUUUCUUCGCAACACAACCCUGGACGACACGUCGGACUCCACCACUUCGCCAGCUGCCGCGCUGUCCACGCUGCAAACGCUACUCGCGAACACAGAUCCAUCGCCUACGCUCAUCUCAGUCCUUCUCUCGCCCAUCAUCCCCGCGUUAUAUGCCAUUCUGGGUGCAAUGGAGAAGCUGAAGGCCGGCGACCCCGCCUUGAAGGAGGGCGUACGCGGGAUUCUGUUGACAUGGGGUCGCGUCGUGGAACAGGAUGGAGCCGUCGCGCUUCUGUGGUCCUGUGUGGAAGAUCGGGGCGGAUACUGGGAAGCAGAUGUUGCCGGCAACAUCAAGCGAAGUGACGAACCUGAAUCGAUAGGCCCGCAGCAAGCCCUCUUCACUCCGGAAGACCUCAAACGGGCAGAGGAGAGCGGCGAAUUUGAUGCAGAUGCGAACUUCCUCGACCUGCGCCCGGACCCGGCGCAUUUCGUACGCUUUCUCAAGUCGCUAGAGCGCACCGAUGUUGCGUCAGAGCUCUUCGUUCGCCUGCUUGAGGCUUACCGCGAAAGCAAGGCCAACAGCGAUGGCGAUCCUACGCGUACACUGCUCUUCUUACAGCUCGUUGUGCAGAUGCAGACCCAAAUGGCGGACGGUCCCGCGACGACGAACAUCCUGAACAAGCCCGAACACAUUCUGACGUUUGUGAAGCAUGUACUUGAUUCAGUCAUCGCAGCAUCGGAACCUCGGCCUCAGCCGCCGGAAGCAAAGGCAACGAAGAAUGGCAUAGGACUCGAUGAUCUGCGCAUCGUUGAUGAGGAGGAAGAGGAAGAUUUACCGGAUGAUGAGGAAGAAGGGGAUAGCGACGAUGAGGAUGCGGACCCGGAAGCGAAGCCCAAGCUACCUCCUGACGACGAGAUGACAAGCACGGCUUUGAACCUAUUACUCUCCAUCUUGGAAGCUAAUCCUGGACUCUCCGUACAAACAACGCCCAUCCUGGCAGACAUUCUCACGCAAGUCGAACACCUCGUGAAACACGAACAGGACGCCAUCCGCGCUCUGGCGCGCGAGAGCCGCAUGGUUCUCACCGUCCGCCUCGCCUCAUCAUCGGCAGCAUCGUCCACGACGCCGAAAGCGCCAGCCGGCGCCGCUACGCGCGAGACAUACCAAAAGGCCUUGAAGCUCCUGCAGGAUCCGAUCUUACCCGUUCGAGCGCACGGUCUACUACUUCUCCGGGAGCUCGUCACCAAACGCGAAGAAAUGACCGAGCUUACUCCGCUCGUGCCUGCUAUCCUCGACAUCUUCAUGCAGUCUAUUCAAGAUGCUGACUCAUACAUCUUCUUGAACGCUGUGCAAGGCCUAUCCGCACUUGUCGACGGAUUCGGGAAGGAUGUUCUCAAGACUCUUGUGCGGGCGUACUCGGUCAACGCCGAGAACGUGUUGACGCAGCAGGAGCUCGAUACUCGUUUGAAGAUCGGCGAAGCUUUAGGUCAAGUUAUACGCCGGUGCGGCGAUACUUUGCCGGAUCAUGCCAACAUUCUGAUACCACCUCUCUUCGCCAUCGUGCGAAACCAGCACCUCACAACAGCCCUCCGAACAUCCGCGCUCUCACUCCUAGGCAACUGCGCCGAUACAUCCGACCUCGCUCUAUUGCCCUACGCCGUCGAUCUUGCCGAUGCCAUGAUUCAUCUUCUUCAACUCGAGAGCGUGCGCGAGACGCAAAGGCAGGGGAAGACCGCUGAACCGCAUGGCGGAGAGAAGAAAGAGGACACGAUGGACGAAGCGCCUACAACCGCAAAUGCCAAAUUCCCUCCGUUUCGCCGUGCUGCGCUGCACUUCCUUGGGUUGCUUGUGCGCGCGUACACGAGGCGGGCGUACGAUGGAGAUAGUGGUGUCGGGUCUGUGUUCCCGAGUGCACGGGUGAAGACGGUUUUGGGCUAUCUCGCCGCGACGGACGUUGACGACGUUGUCCGGGUGAUGGCGCGGGAAGUGGGGGAGGCCGCAGAUGACCUUGAAAGAGCUCAGAUGGGACUGUAG